UAACCAUUGUUGUUGACGUGUAAAUGAACGUUGAUUGCGAAGGGCUCAGGGGGCCAUAAAAACAUAAGCAAAUUGUCAAUAACUCCUGUUUUCUGUGCUAAAAGUUAAACAAGUUUAUUACCUACCUUUAUUUAUAAUGAAUUACUUUUUAUAACGAUUAUAGCGCGCAUGGUCUGAUAGCAAAUUCUUGUUGACAUUUCAAAAAUUAUAUAUUCAAGAUUUCCCUCUUUCAUGGUAGUCGGUGUUGCGGUUUGUUGACUACUUGGUGGCCGUUUAUAGUGUAGUGCAAGGAAUCGACAUGCUUGAAGGUUACGGACCCGUGGCACAAGCCUUCUUCGGCACCCUUUUCACAUGGUCUCUGACAGCGGCAGGGGCCGCUGUUUGCUUAUUUGUACGAGGCUCACAGAGAAAACUACUGGAUGCCAGUCUAGGUUUUGCUGCAGGCGUAAUGACUGCAGCUUCCUUCUGGUCUCUUCUGGAACCUGCUUUGGAACAGGCUGCCUCAUCUAAGAGGUAUGGAGAAAAUGGCGAGUUCGCCUUUAUUCCAGUCGGAGCCGGUUUUCUCUUGGGAGCCUUGUUUGUGUUUGGUGCCGAUAGGCUGAUAACAGUGCUGGGGGUGCAUUCACCAAAUAUGAUGUUAGCGUUAAAUACACCAAGUAGUCGAAGAGACAGUCGUCGUAGUAGCGCGCGCAGAGAUUCACACUACAUUCCCGACACGGCUACCAUUGAGGGAUUCACAGAAACAGGAGGAGCGCUGCAUCAGAGAAAGGGGGUAGGUAUAAAGUCUGUAGUAGUACAGAAAGAUAUUGAAGAUAAAGUUCGUAUGCAGAGUUUCGACGAAACGGACGAUUGCAACAUCGAGGAGAUCCAGAACGGCCAGUGGAAGAGGAUUAUUUUGUUGGUUGUCGCUAUCACCGUUCACAACAUUCCAGAGGGUUUGGCUGUUGGUGUCGGCUUCGGGGCCAUAGGAAGUUCGCCGUCUUCGACAUUAGAGAAAGCCAGAAAUCUUGCAUUUGGCGUUGGUAUCCAGAACUUUCCUGAAGGAUUAGCCGUAAGUUUACCGCUGCAGGCAGCUGGUUUUUCAACAUGGAGAAGUUUAUGGUAUGGCCAACUCAGUGGCAUGGUGGAGCCCAUCUUUGGUGUUUUUGGAGCGUUUGCUGUAAGCUUCGCUGAACCUGUUCUUCCAUACGCUCUUGCUUUUGCUGCUGGUGCUAUGAUUUACGUAGUAGUAGACGACAUCAUUCCCGAGGCCAAUACUGAAGGAAAUGGUAAACUAGCCACAUGGGGAGCAGUAAUAGGAUUUUUGGUGAUGAUGGCUUUAGAUGUAGGACUUGGAUAACAAACAGACCAUUCUUUAGCUGUAAAUAUGACUCUAGAUCAAUUUUUGGAUUUUAUUUGACGUUAUUUUAUUAGGGAAAAUUAUAUAAAAUUAUACAAUUUUAGAUGUAUACCCAGUAUACUAUAGUUAUCUAUUUUCGUAGGCAGUUAAAGGGCUUAGUAAGUACUAGUUGAUUUUCUAUUUUUACAUAAGUAUUAGUGUUAAAGUGUAUAUUAUACUAUUUAAAUCAACAGAAUGGAGAUUUGACGUUUUUUAUGUACUAUUUUCUAAAAAAUCGGAAGUUGAAUUUAGUAGAGAAAAACUUAAGAAAAACUGAGAACACUGUUAUACCUAAUUCAUACGAUGAGCAACACAUUAGAUUUAUAAUUCUUUAGGUUGUAUAAGGCUCAAUAUCUUUCAUAAUUUCUGCUCUUUUGUAUUAUCUUCCUCUGUGUUUUGUGCGAAUAGUUGUCCUGUAUUUCGAAUCCAUUCGAGAUUUCUUUUUAAUAGCGUUGCUUAUUUCUUAACCUUUUUGAAUCCUAAGACUAAUUUAUAUAUUCCUAACUCUGUUGGUCCAAAAGAUAUUUUUAAAAUGCCUCAAUAUAAUAUUGAAAAAAAAAAUUCACUAUCCUCAAAUUAGAAUAAUUCUGUCGUAAUUAUUGUCUACGUCCUGAUUUAUUUUCUGGCCAUUCUGUAGUACCUCAGUGACCCUAUUUAUUAAAAGAGUUGUAGAUUUUUUAGUAGAUAUAUGACGAACAAUAGAUAAUAAAAUCUUAAUUUCUUCAUUCUUUUGAUUUAAAAUUAGGUCGAGAGCCAGCAACUUAAGCUUUAGGGUAUAAGAGUACCAUAGGUACUGGAAUAUCAUAGAUCUGGACCCCGCGUACCAAAAAAAGUUGAUUAAUAGCAAGCUGAAAAGUUGUUAAUAACUUAACGGUGUCUAGUCGGAUAAACUUUGAUGUAAGGGAACACUGGAACAGGGGAAGUUUUAAUUGUGGAACAGGUUAAAAAUUUGGAACGUCAGACUACGAAAACGUCCCAUGUAUUUUGUCAGACAGAACUUACAAUUGAUUUGUUACCCUUUCAUUAAACUCUCAUGCAAAAAUCUGACUGCUAUUUAUCACCUGUCAUAAUUUCUGUCAUUUGACUUGUUCUACGUGUCGGACUUAUUAAAAUGCCCAGUUGGUGAUACAUACCAGUCUGAUUUUUGCAUGAGAGUUUAAUGAAAGGGUAACAAAUCAAUUGGAAGUUCUGUCCGACAAAAUACCUUGGACGUUUUCGUAACCUGAGGUUCCAAAUUUUUAACCUGUUCCACAAUUAAAACUCCCCUGUUCCAGUGUUCCCAUACAUCAAAGUUUGUCCAACGAGACGCCGUUAAGCUAUUAACAAAUUUUCAGCUUGCUGUUAAUCAACUUUUUUUUGGUACACUUUGCGUCAUAUAAAACUGGUACACUUUUUUUUCGCAAUGUAAACCUGUGUUCAGACUGACAAUUAUUGUCAGUGAAUCACUUCGUUGUUGCCAUCACAGAUAACGGAAUUGCACUAAAUCUAAAUACAAAAAAAUUACGUUUAAAAUGUAUAUUUCGAAUUGUAAUACAUAUAUUUAAAUUCCACACUUGUUCACUGUAAAAGUUAUUCAUUUUGUAUUAAUUUCAAAUUAAAUUUUUAAUUAUUCUACACAACUUAAUGCAGUUUUGUCCUACAAUUUACGAGAAACCAAUCACACCUCUCGAUUUGACAUUAAACAUAAUAAUUUAAAGUCAUGUCAAGAUUAUUUAUUAUCUAUCAUUAUUUUUGAAUUGAAAUAUUUUCAUAAAUUAUAAUAAAACACGAAUCAAUGUAUGGAUACUUAAUUGAGAUGACGGAAAAUUACAAUUGUUUUAGUUUUUAGUAUAUUAAAAAAUGCAGUCUGUCGCACAGACCCGUUUUUACCUAGUUUGAUAUAAUAUUUUCGUUGAACUGGCAACGUUGCCCUAGAAACCAGAAUGACACUUGUGACAAGAUCAACUUACACAACUUAAAAAACACGAUUUUCAAUUAUAAGAGUUGUACCAGUUUUUUUGACGCGAAGUAUACGUAGGACCAGGCCUAUCAGUUCUGCGUUUUACUUAUUCAACAAAAAAGACGAUCCUAAAAUACUGUUUUACACGCCACAUCAUUUUUUGUACAAUAUUGACAAUACGUCAAACUGUACUGACUCAUGUCAGAUUUAACGUUUCUGUAGUGUUGCCAUAUCGUAAAUCUUAAGUAGCUACUCCAGUAACAUUUUUGUGUUCCAAGAGAUUCGGUGGCAAACAGAUCCUUAGUUAUAUUAUUUUAGUAGUUAGUUAUUGCAGUUUUUGUGUUAAUAAGAACUUUUUAAAAAGUUCACUUCAUAUUCUACACAUUUUUUUAUAACCGACCAUAGCUUUUUCCAUGAUGAUUGGAUUAAUUCAGGUUAAACAGGGUUCCAGUAGAUCCAAAGAAAUGAAGAUCUAUAAAUGUUUUAAAUAAUUUAUAUUUCAAAUCUGUUAAGCCACCUGUUCCUCUGUAUAUCAAAAAAUGUAAUUUUGUUAACAAAAUUUCAAUGUCGGACUAGUAGUUUCCAAAACAGUCUGAGCGAUAAAAAAGACUAGAACUUGUGAUUCCAUCUAGUACUUAUUUUUGUACAAGGUACAUUCCAUGUAGUAGUAAUCCCCAAAAUGGAAUGAUGUGAUAUAACUGUAAUGAACGUUUCGGCACAGUUGAACUGCAAAUGUUGAAUAUGUUAAUAAAUCUGUCACGUAAAAAGUUCAGUUUAUUAUAGAGAGUUGUAUUUGUUUUAAGAGUCACUAUUUAGGUUUUUACAAAAACUAAAAAAACUCUAGGUUUUUGUUACAUUAGAAAUACAUUUCCCAUAAUUUACUAUUAACUGCCUUAUUUAUCGAUAUUCCUAAAAAUCUCAAAAAUCUCCGGAAAGGAUGAAAUAAGAAAUAACUAACCAAGAAAUGUUCUGUCUGCAGCUCAACAAAAACACUUAAAACGAACAAAAUUGGAGUUGAAAAAAUUAAAAGGAAUCUUAAAGCGAAUGAAUGAUAUAGAUAAAUUUUGUAAAAAAACUUGUGAUUUCUCUUGAACUUAAAACUUCUGAUUUCUUCUCAUCUUUCCUUUUUGUUUUUUUUUUUUACAACACCAAAUUCAAAAUACUUUUUGGUUCACGAAAGUGAAUUUCACUGAUUUUUUUUAUUAAUAGUGUUAUAUGUUUGUGAAAACAUAGAUAGUGACCGUCGUACACUUUUUUGUAUUUUAUUGUGUCCUAAGAUUACAACAAUAAUUAUUUUUUGUAGUACAUUCAACCAACCUUUUUGAAGAUUAUUUUGUCUUUGCCAAAUCCAUAUAAAACUGAACAGAAUGAACUACAAUUUUAAUUUAAAAUCCUGUCUUGAACAUUUUCUAUUAACGUUUCUUUAUAAAAGUAAAUUUAUUUAUUUUGGAAAUAAGAGAAGCCUUUGAGUCCAUACAAAGAGAAGAGACGAUCUGAAGACAACAUGGAGAUACAGUCCUUGGCCAUAUUAUUAUGACCACCUAUGAAUUUUUACAAAAAUCAACUAUUCCACUAAGUACGUUUUGUUUAAAAUAAUGUUUUUAAAUUUAAUUUUGUUAUGCAAUAUUAAUGUUGUUUAUUAAUUAUAAUAUAUUUAAUAAUAAAAAGCAAUAAAAUAUUUGAAAAUAUUACAUAUUUAUAUUUUUUUAAUAUUUUGUUAAACUUCUGACCUUAAUCAGAUGGAAAAUAUUUGGGAGCUUUUAAAACGAGAAAUUUCCGAUGAAAAGGUCACCAACGAAAUUGUUUUGAUCAAAGAACUAAUAUAUCGUUGAAAUCACAAUGACAAAUUGAAGCAAAAAAAAUUUAACUGCAUUCAAAGUAUGCCAAGACGGGUACUAGCGGUAAUCAAAGUUAGAGGGGGCUCAGCAAAGUAUAAAAAAAUACAAAUAUGUGAUAUUUUCAAAUGAUUUAUUACUGUUUAUUAUUAAGUGUAUUAUAUUUAAUAAUAAACACCAAUUAAACAUUCAAAAAUAUCACAUAUUUUUAUUUGUUCAAUAUUUUGCUCGGCCCCCUUUAACUUUCAUUACCGCUAGCAGUGGCGGCUCGUGGUAAUUUAAGGAGGGUGUUCAAUUAAAGAAUGUAAUUAUACAAACGGUGAAUAAGCGCCGCAGGCGAAAAAUUUUUGGGGCCUCGACAAAAGAUGUUCUGUAAAAUGAAAUCUAUCUUUGACCCGAUUAGUUUGGAUGUCACACACUUUUUUUGUUUUGUGCAGAAUAUGAUACCUACUGAAUGAUGACGCUUCUUCGGUGGUGAAGGUGCAGGCAGAAGUUACGAAUAUUGAAAUGGCUUUGUCAAAACUGUUUAAAAAUCCGUUUAUUUUAACGGCAUCCAAAGACCGAGAUUGAAAUUACAGUUUUAUUCUUUGAAAACACUAAACAUGGAAAACAAAAUAAAGAAUGUAGUUUAUCACACCCAUAUAAUCACAAAGUUUUUCUAUAUUGUUCAACUUUAAAACAAUGUUUAAACUUUUUGUUUCUUAUUGCACAUUCUUGUACCAAGUUUAUCUCCGGCCAAGUUAGUCCAUUCUUUUUAUAAGAAGUCGAUUUUUAAAACUAUUUGCAUUUUCUUUUAUAAACGUCACUGAAUAAGGCUCCAUCCUAAAAAACUACCUACCAAUAUUGUAUUUAAUAAAAUCCCACAACAGAAAAUGCCAAACUGUGAAUCGAAACGCUUUGCCCCGGUCUCUGUGUGCAGUGCACAAAUGGUCAAUGUUUUAAGAUAGGAGAAUCCCUGGUUCACGGAUUUAAGAGCUCUCGUUCUUCUAUAGGGUUACUGUAUAGUGGCUGGGUUCAAUUUGAAUUCUGCACUUACCACGUGCAUCUAGCGUAGCGGUGUUGUGCAAAUAAAUUAUGUGAUUAAUAAAUACAGUUAGUUAUAUUUUAAUGAUACUAUGAUAUUUAUGAGAUUUAAGAAAAAAUAUUUUAAUGACAUUUAUGAGAUUUUUAAAAAUAUGUAUUUUAAUGAAAUUUGAUUGGGUGUUCACUGCACAAGUGAACCAAUGGAGAAACCGCCCCUGACCGCUAGUACCCGUCUUGGCAUACUUUGAAUGCAGUUAAUUUUUUUUUGCUUUAAUUUGUCAUUGUGGUUUUAACGAUAUAUUAGUCCUUUAAUCAAAACAAUUUCGUUAGUGACCUUUUCAUCGGAAAUUUCUCGUUUUAAAAGCUCCCAAAUAUUUUCCAUCUCAUUAAGGUCAGAAGUUGAACAAAAUAUUAAAAAAAUAUAAAUAUGUAAAAUUUUCAAAUAUUUUAUUGCUGUUUAUUAUUAAAUAAUAAUAUAUUAUAGUUAAUGCAUAACAUUAACAUUUCAUAUCUAUCUAAUCAGCCCUAAACGUCCAUCCUUGGAUAUAGGCCUCCUCUUCCUUCUUCCAUGCCUCUCUAUCUUGGGCAAUUUGCAUCCAUUUUGACUUAGUGUGUUUCUUCAGGUCAUCUGACCAUCGCAUCUGUGGCCUUCCUAUUUUUCGUUUGUGGUUCCAUGGUCUCCAGUGUAUAAUCAUCUUAGUCCAUCUUUCAUCCUUCUGCCGUAGGGUGUGUCCGGCGAACUUCCAUUUAAGCUUUGCUACUUGGGUAGAGACGUCCUUCACUUUUGUUUUGUUACUGAUCCAUUCGUUUCUUUUCCUGUCUGAUAAUUUAAUGUUCAGCAUUUGUCUUUCCAUGGCUCUUUCUGUCUUUGCUAUUUUUUCCAUAUUCUCUUUUGUAAACGUCCAUUUCUGAGAGCCAUAUAUUAAAACAGGGAGUAUACAUUGAUUGAAGACUUUUGUUUUUAGGUACUGCGGGUAUUUUCUGUUUUUUAUAAUAUAAGACAGUUUUCCGAAUUAUGCCCAGGCCAAUCUUAUUCUUCUCUUUAUUUCUUCGGUCUGAUUUUCUUUAUUUAAUCUAGUGAUUUGUUCUAGAUAUGUAUACUCUUUUACUUGUUCUAUUCUUGUUUGUGCCACUGUAAUUACUAGUUCUUCUUGUUGAUUGGUCAUGGUUUUUGUUUUACUGUAAUUCAUCUUCAGUCCUAUCUUUGUCGAUUCUCUAUCUAGUUCUUCCAUCAUUCUUUGUGCUUCUUUCUGCUAUUAAUACAAUAUCAUCAGCAUAUCGUAAGUGAUUCAGAUAUUGCCCGUUUAUGUUUAUACCCAAACCAUCCCAGUGCAGUUGUUUGAACACAUCUUCUAGCGCUUGGUUGAACAGCUUGGGCGAGAUGGUAUCUCCUUUUCUUACUCCUCGGUUUAUUUUAAUAGGCUCCGUUUGUUUCAUUAGCUUAAUAGUUGUUGUUGCCUUAUUAUAUAUAUUUGUAAUAACAUUUCAUAACAAAAUUAAAUUUAAAAAUCAUAUUUUAAACAAAACGUACCUAGUUGAAUAGUUGAUUUUUGUAAAAAAUCAUAGGUGGUCAUAAUAAUAUGGCCAGGGACUGUAGGUCUCAGCCCCCUGCCCUUCAAUAUAAUAUUAGAUGAGAAAAAACCAGUGAUAAAUCAGAUAUAUUCCAAACUUUUAUGGGAUACAGAAAUCUACAACCAUGAAAAUGGAGUGUGUCUGAUACGCUGACUAUAAAUUUCAUACUGAUGGCAAAUACUAUCUUGUGCUAAUCUUCUCUAUCUUGUGCUAAUCGUAUAAAUUUGUUAGCCUUCCUGAUUUCGAGCCGUUGGCGUAAGUUACGCAGUCAAGAGAACUUCUUUCGUCCGAUGCCUCGUUUUCCUUCCAUCUUUUCUUUAACGAUCAACUGCAGAAAACCAUACUUAUCGCUUCUAAAGAUAUGGUCAAACUAAGUAUCUUUUCUGUAAAUAAGGAAAAAAUAAAUAUUUUAAUUACAUAUUUAGUUAUCAGAAAAAACCAACCUGCCGGACUAUAGCUUAAAGCAGAACUACCAAAACCUACAAAUCUGACCUAUUCCACUAAGGCACUAAAUCUUUUACUUAACCUAUACAUGAGUAUAGUAAAAAACAACAAUUGCUGCAAUUGUAACUUACGCCCUUGAAAAUAGACGAUUCGUGCGUUUGACAAGUCAAACACAGUUUAUACAAACAUUAUACAACAGUUUAUAAAAUUAUAUUUUUUAUCCCAUAAAUAAAAAUUUUAUUAUAGCUCCAAUAUUUAAACCACAAAAAGGAACGCAGUCAUUUAUUGAGUCGUUAAUUUGUCAUUUAUAUUAUAAUUAAUUAAAAAAUAUGAACAAUAAUUCAAGAAGGUUGUAGUUGGAGUUGAAAAAACCUAUAAAAAUCCGUACUAAAUAUUUUAUGUUUAAAUAAUAUUAGUUAACAAGAUUUUGAUGUUAAUAAGAGCAUAAAUACAGGGUGUGAUAAAAAGGUAAGUCAUAAUUUAAAUCACAUAUUCUGGGAUCAAAAAUAGUUCGAAUGAACUUAACUUUCUUUUUCUUAGUACGAAUGUGCACAUAAAAAAAGUUACAGCCGUUUGAAUUUACAAAAUGGACAUGUGGCUUUCUUAUGGUAGGAACGUCUUUAAAAAAAAUAACAGUGACAUUUGUGCACUCCAAAAAAAUUUUAUAGGGGUAACAGUUUUUGAUAUUAUUGAAAAAAAUCGAUUUUUAUUUGGUAACUUUAAAGAGCUGUAACUUUUUUAUGUGCACAUUUGUUAGGUUAGGUUCAGUCGAACUAUUUUUGCUCCCAAAAUAUGAUGUGAUUGAAUUUAUGACCUACCUUUUUGUUACACCGUUAGAAUUGUCGUAACCCACUGCUUUUGAGCUGUAAAAAUGUAAUGUAGAUUAUAGAGUAGUCACACCUAAUACUUAAAUCCCACUUACUGCUGUGAUAGUAGACUUAUUUGUAAGUUUAUAAAACUUUUAUGCAUA